UCGAUUUCAAGAUGGAUUUACAUGAAUCAAUUGGCAAUUAUUGGCCCUAGGAUUAUUAUGGAUUGGUGUGCCCACAGAAUUGGCGCGCGUUUCCAAAGUUCCACAAGUUUGGGAAACUGCAUUUGCAAAUAUAAAACCCCGCAAGCAAUGGCAGUAGUAAUAGUAUACAUUGAAGAUUCUCUUUUUGCUUUCGCCUUGUCUUUCUCGUCUGUCACCUCCCUCUUUCUCUUUAGCAUUUAGCAAUCGGAAUCCAUCAAUCCAAUAGGAGAGAACCAAGCGUCUACCGGAUCAGUUCCUGAAUAUCGAUGGGAAUCAGCACUCUUGCCUGUUUAAUUUGAUUUCACACAACGAUAAGUGCGAAUUACUCUUUUGAUCGAUCGCUCAUCAUCAUCAUCAUCAUCUUCUUCUUCUUCAUCUUCCUCUAGGUCAAAUUAAUUAGCUAGUUUAUUUGUUUUUUUUUUCCUUAAGAUAUGCAUCUCAAUAUCUCAUCGGCAAGUCAGUCAUCUUUUUAAUCAAAAUUUCCUCUCGAUAUUGCUUCUAGCUCACCAGUUUUCUAAAUUUAAUGUCAGAAAACUCACCUUCUAUGUGUUUUUUUGUUAUCAUCCUUAUAAGGAACUACCGUACAUUUAUGGUGAUUUUAAUUCCCUAAUUGGCGUACUUGUAUUUCACUCAAUUCACAUUGUUAAUAUAAUCAAAUUGCAACGGCCAUUGCAUAACGUCAAGGUGUCUGUCUAUACAUAGUUUCAGGGCAAGCAUAAUUCCUGCUACCAUCUUGCUUCCCCAAGCGCUUUGACUUAUGUUUCUUUGUUCUCUCUUUCAAUGUAUAUGUGUCACUAGACUGUUUGUGAAUGAUGAUAUUCUUAGCGCCUCUUUCCCGGUCCUGGCAGCUUUAACCUAAAAUUGCUCAAAUGGAAAUUCAAGGAACUGAAAUUACGAGGAAACGCAUGAAACCAGCUAUGGAAGAGAAGGGAUUAGAUGGAGCAGAUUCAGAGAUUGUAGAAAGGGAAGUGUUCCAGACAGACAUUGCUGGAUCUGAGGAGAUGGAACUUAAUAUCAAUCACAUUCUCGAAAAGAUUGAACGUUUCACCCAGCUGGUUUCCGAGCUGCUGGAAUCAGGGAAGACAAUCUUUAAGGAACUGGUUAAUGAAUUUGAAGAGCGGCUGAUUACGAUACAUAAGGAACAAAUGGAGAAAUGGCAGGAAGAAAUUAAAGACUUGCGGCUGCUGGAUGCAUCAAAUGAGGAGGCUAAUGCUCUUCUGCAAAAUGCUCGAUUCUUACUACAGAAUGCUCACAUUGACUCUUGAAGGUUUUCCUAGACUGUCUGUCAAGGGGAGGGGCAUUCAUUCUAUUUGGAUGACAUCAAUCUAAACAAUAAUAUGUUAGGCACUUUGGUUUGAACCAUAUGCUGCCUGAUUAGUACUGUUUGAAUUUCUUCAUUAGGUACUUUUUAGCUUCAUGCGAUAGUAAGAAGUGCUGGUCCCACUGAGAUGCACAAUUUGUGAAUAAGAUUUUCACUUUCUGCAGUAUGCAGGGAUCUAGACUAAGCUGAUCUUCUAUAUGACGUCUUACUUCAAUAUUUAUUAGCACAUAUUUCUUAUAAUCUGAAAGAAGGUUUGCUUCAUUCAAGUAAUCGGGGCGCCAUCAGUUCGGCUAUACCCAAAGUAUCCCAUCUCUAGCUAUCUAUUUCCUUUAACUCUCGAACUCCUCUGGAUGUGUCAGUUUCCACUGUGGAAGCUCUUGGCUGGCGAUUCCUUUUACACUGAGAUUUCAAAAUUUCCCAAGGACUAGAACAAGGCAUACCAAGCAAGAUCGAUGUACCAAAUAUUGCCUUAUUUAUGAGUCUUUUCAUUGAUUGCCAACCUGUCACAGGUAGACAUGUCCCAUCCUUAAGCCAACCAUAGUUUUUUUUUUUUUUUCAUUGCGCAUCUAAGAUUCUGGGAAGCUAAAGAGGA